CAAAACAGAAAGCCCACUGAAAAAACAGAGACAAAUGCUCCCCCCAUUUUCAACAAAACAUAAAACCAUGGAAGAGGAAGAACACCGUUGCUUUUCUUUCUUUCAAAAAGUCCACCAUCUUCGUAUAUUUAAAGCCAACUCGGAGUUACCUGAGCACAACAGAACCAAAGCAGCGGCAGCUUCGCGAUUCUUGAUGAUGAUUAUGUUGAGAUAUCUGAGAAGAGGAAUGUCAACUUCCACCAGGGUCAGGGCCCUUCGGCGGUCAUGGUGGGACCAUGUCACUCCAGCUCCUAAGGACCCCAUCAAUGCUGUCACUGAGGCUUUUCUUGCUGACCCUUGUCCUUACAAGAUUAAUCUUGGAGUGGGAGCAUACAGGGAUGAUGAUGGGAAACCCCUCGUGCUUCAAUGCGUUAGAGAAGCGGAAGGCAAGAUUGCGGCUACCAAUUUCUUGGAGCCAACAUGUGCUGCACUUGGCUCAAAAUUGGUUGAGGAGAGUGCAAAAUUGGUUUAUGGAGAGGAUUCGGAUGUUAUAAAAGAAGGGAGGUUUGCUGGAGUUCAGGCUCUCUCUGGAACUGGUGCAUGUCGUUUAUUUGCUGAGUUCCAGAGACGAUUCUACCCUCAUUCAAGAAUAUAUUUGCCUGAUCCAACUUGGUCCAAUCACCACAACAUUUGGAGAGAUGCUCAAGUUCCAGUAAGAACCUUUCACUACUACCAUCCUGAUUCCAAGGGUUUAAACUUUGUGGCACUCAUGGAUGAUGUCAAGAAUGCACCCAAUGGUUCUUUCUUCUUACUUCAUCCUUGUGCCCAUAACCCUACUGGGGUUGACCCUAUUGAUGAGCAGUGGCAAGAAAUCUCAACUCUGUUCAAGGUAAAGAACCAUUUUCCCUUCUUUGACAUGGCUUAUCAAGGUUUUGCAAGUGGAGAUCUAGAGAGGGAUGCCCGAGCAAUUAGAAUUUUCCUUGACGAUGGCCAUCUAAUAGGUUGUGCCCAAUCUUUUGCAAAGAACAUGGCAUUGUAUGGGCACCGAGUGGGUUGUCUCAGUCUUCUCUGUGACAACAAAAUCCAAGCAGUUGCUAUCAAGAGCCAGCUGCAGCAGAUUGCUAACACAAUAUAUGGCAGUCCACCUAUUCAUGGAAUGCUAGCAGUCACCAAAAUCUUGAGUGAUCCAGACAUUAAAUCCAUUUGGCUCAAAGAGGUGAAGGACAUGGCAACUCGUGUUCAAAGAAUGAGAGCUACUCUAAAGGAAGCUCUUGAGAAAUUAGGUUCUCCCCUCAAUUGGCAACACAUAACUAACCAGGUUGGAAUGUUUUGUUUCUCUGGCUUAACUCCUGAUGAGGUGGAUCGACUUGCGAAGGACUUUCAUAUAUACAUGACAUAUGAUGGACGCAUAAGCAUGGCCGGAGUGACUACAAAGAAUGUUGAUUAUUUAGCAAAUGCUAUUCAUGAAGUCACUGCAUUUGAUCAGGAUGGGAAGAUAUUUUAUACCGUCUGCGCAUAGAAGGUUAAUACUGACAAGAUAUAUGGUUAGCAGAAUCUGAAUCCUGCUAUUUUGGUGUAUUUUUUUGAUGGCAUCAUGGUUAUCUCCAAGAGUUUAGGCUGGUUUCUUAUACUUGGAAGUUUCUCUUGGACAAACCAGGAUAGGAUAGGUCUCUGUCAAAGUCUAUUUGAGCAGAUUGAUGUGUAAAUUUACAGUUUCAUCUGAAGGUUGAUGCCACAGAAGUCUUAAACAAAAAGAUUUGAGACUAGGAAUGGCAUACUAGCGCUGAUGCUAAAACUGCCUUUCAAACAAAAAAUGCUGACAGCUGCUUAACUUCCCUUGAUUAUAAAACUGAUUUCCUUGCAUUAAA